CUUUAGUCCAGGUGUCUGCCUCAUUAUACAGCUUGGAAAGAAGAGUGUGUAGACUGAAAAUAAACUGGGAGAGAUGGGAGCAACCUGGAUCUCAUGGAGAACAACUACAACAGUCAUCAUUACUAUACUACAAAUCCAAGCUCUGAUCAGUGUCAGAACCACAGCUGUUACCGGUGUCGAAGGUCAGAGAUUUGACUUCAGAUGUGUAUAUCCAGAUGGCUGGGUGCACUAUCAUAAGUACUUCUGCCGUGACAAUGACGGCAAUGUGUCCUCCAAUACCCUGAUACGGACAGAGAAACACAAUCAGUGGGAGACAAAUGGACGUUUCUCUCUGUUUGACAACACCUCCGGGGCCUUCUUCAUCGUCAGGGUGGACAAACUCUUCUCAUCGGACAGCGGGACAUACCGGUGUGGGGUGGAUGUCAGCCAUGACCCUGAUUAUAUCAGUUUCAUACUACUGAAUGUUUCCCGAGUAAGUGAAUCACCCGUCUUUCCAAGAGAUCUCACAAUAGACAAGCUCCACCUGCCGCUGUACUUGACAGCAGUGAUGUGCAUGGCAGCGAUACUGUGUGUGUGUCUGUUCACACUUUGUCUUCUGCUGGCUGUCAAACAAAGAAGACCAGCUCCACGCCACAGUAGAGAGAUAUCAUCAGACUAUGAGACAAUGAUGCCCGGUGUAAGAACUGAACCUGAACUCGGCUGUAGCUGCUCGGCUCCAGACUGCGCUGAUCUUUCAGCUCUACCACUGCCACCACCUGACCUCUGCUCCCACUUCACAUCAAAGCACCGGGAGUCCACUGUCACUCUCGGCCUCGAUGAAUAUGCUGAUGUGGAUGUACCAGGGCACAUCUGCCGGUACCAGCAUCUGGAUCCCAGGCGGUUAGAGGAGCAUGUCUAUCACAGCCUUCAUGGAAACAGCGGGCCUAAAGAUGGACCUCUGGGAGUCGAAGAGCAGAUUAACUGAUUAAGGAUAAUUCCAGGUUAAAAUACUACUUAUUUUCUAAGCUUGGCUGAUCAUUUCUUGCAGUUACUAUAACCUUACACUCACAAAAGUAAUUGCUGAGAUCUGGGAACAUUACUUUACUUCACUACAUAGACUUUUGAGUCAUUCUAUGAAAUAGUUGCCAUUUGGGUCCGCAAUGUUUGACACAAGAUGCAUAAAUUACAAAAAAUAUCCCAAAGUGUGUUUCCAAAGCUUAAAGCUGUCAAUUCAAGUGUUCUAGUUAGCAUGAUAUAUAAUAAAAAUACUAUUCCUAAAGAGUAACAUACUAAAACCACCCUGUCACUUACCACCCCAUCACAAGUUUUAUUGUGACGGCGUGGUUCUGCUUCUUGUUGUAACGAUUGUUAUAAUUGAUUACAUGUGCAUCUCAAAAUAUUAGAAUAUCAAAAUAGAUCAUUUAUAAUACAGAAAUUUCAGCCUCUUGAAAAGUUGAAAAGUUGGGAAAGAUGUUUUAUGCACUCAGUACUUGGUCUGGGGUCCUUGACCCUGAAUUACUACAUCAGUGCGGUGUGGUAUAGAGGCAAUCAGCCUCAGCACUGCUGAGAUGUUAGGGAAGCCCAGGUUGCUUUGAUAGUGGCCUGCAGCUUGUCUGUAUUGUUGGGUCUGGUGUUUCUUAUUUUACUCUUAAAAAUACACCACAGACUCUCUAAGGGGUUCAGGUCAGUUGGCUUGCCAAUCAAGCACAGCAAUACCAUGGUCAGCAAACGUUGUGGUUUCGGCCCUGUGGGCAGGUGGCACAUUCUGCUGGAAAAUAAAGCAUAAAGCUUUACAUGUCUAGAAUCUAGAAUAUGUCAAAGUUUCACAUUUUGGCUUAAAUUACGGGAAAACAAUUCUUCCUUUUUCACGAUAUUCUAAUUUUCUGAGAUGCACCUAAGAUUAUAGUAGAGAUAAUAGCUCUCUUUUAAAACAGCUGUUGUGAGGGAGGAGGUGUCUUUGCAUCACAUUAAGCCAAACAUACUGAUCUUUUAAUAAAUCUGUAAUAUCAGUAGACUCUGACAUUUUCACAAUAACAGCAACUUUGUUUUGGCCUAUCAUUAAGUCACAGUAAGUCUACAUUUAUAUCCAAAAUUAACAAAAGUUUCUAAUGUUAGAUGAAGGCUAAAACAAACAGAGAAACAGUUUGUCCGUAUCACCCUGUCACAGGGUCAUAUUGUUAAAAAAUGAUGGAAAGGAAGUGAAAUGUUCCAUAAAUUAAUGUUAAAUAAAAUUCUUGGUUUGUGGACUAAUCAAAAAAAUCCUUAAACUUUUAUUAGACUUUUUUAAGUGAAUUAGAAUUUUUUGUACAAACAAUGAGGCCACUGACAUGUUGAAUUCAAAUUUUAGAUGGAAAAUCUAAGAAUUAAAAAAAUUAUUAAAUUACAUACUUUGUAUUGAUGGUUUCCAACAAAAGGACAUUUUACUAGUAGGAAAAUAUUACAUUUUACAAAUGUAUUGCUUGCAUUACUACUCAGAGAGUGCACAUAUUGUCCGUGACGGGGUGGUACAAGAACGGCUCCCAUGUUUGAAUAAAAAGGAUAAUAUUAAUAAGGAUUUUGUGCAUGAGGUGGGAAAAUAUAUUUUCUGGGGGGUUUAUCAUAUCUUAACAAGUUGUAAGUAAAAAAAAAAGUUUGCUCUUGAUGAAAAUUUGGAAAAUUAUAAAGUGGAAAUGGCAACCAUUUCGUGAAUGACUCUUACCUUUAUGUUAACUUUUAUUUUUUCACCAAUUAACUUGGUGAUUAAUGUGUUAUUUAUACUAAAAGGAAUGAUGGCCAAAACACCAGCAAGUUGUUGCUGUUGUUGUUGUAUAAACUUUACUGUGUAUGUAAGAAACAAAAAGUCAAGGGAUGGUGGUCAAUUCAAAAGACAUAACAUUUCGGGAGUCAAGUAAAUCAAGUAGCAAUAUUGUUAGUUUUUGCUUUGUUUUGUUAUUUCUAGAAGAAAAUGCAUCAUUGUGUAUGGCAUGAGCAAAAGAAAAGACUGAUUAAAAGAUAUUACAGUCUCAGCACGAGUCUCAACUCAACUCAACUCACUGUAUGUUUUAAGCACUGUCCAACUAUAAUUUAUGAGACAUUUCAACUAAAUAAAC